UCGAACACACAGAAUACAUAUCGAAACGUGUCUCUUUCAGAUAUCAGGAAUUAGUCAAAGAAAAGAAAUAAAGUUUUGCGGUUACGCAGACAAAUUACUGCACCAAGCAAAUUGAAAAGAACAGAAUCUCAAUAAAUAGUGAAUCGAUAAAGAGAAACCGGAACAGUCUUUAGAGGGCGGUCCAUGCGACAAACGUUAAAAAAGGGAGCAGAAUUGAAAAGUGUAUAAGUGUAUUUUAUCAAUGUAAUAUCUGCAAACAGAACUUCUGUCUGAAGAUGGAUAUGACAAAGCGACAUCUCGACGAGGUCGAACGUGGCAUAGAUAAAUCCAGCAGUUACAACUAUGAAAGCAGCGAUUUGGUUGAUAUGUCGCUGAAGAGCCACAUACAACGUCUUCAUCCUAACAAACAAGAAGGAACCAAUAUUACGCAGCCAGGACCGUCCUUGAAGAGUAAUUUGUGCGGCAAACAUUCCACCAAGGAGAGCGGUACUACAAAUUACUUCAAAAUUCCGAAACAAUGCAAAAUUUGCAAACAAAACUUUCACGACAAACAUGAAUUGAAUGAUCACUACGAGAAGGACCACAAACAUCGCUUCCACAAAUGUAAAUAUUGCAACCACAAAACCAUAUAUAAGAGAAACUUAAAAACACACGAGGAAACACACAUAAGAAAUUCGACCAAUAGCGGCGGCUACAAGUGUACUGAGCCCGGCUGUAACAAGAUAUAUAAGAAUAAGUAUGCUAUGAAAUAUCAUAUAAUGAUUAAUUAUUAUAAAAAUAAGAUGAAAAGCAAUAAUGCGGGACCGGGACUGUCCUCAGAGAGUAAUCUAUACGGCGAACUUUUCAGCAGAACGAAAAAUGAAAAGUACAAAGUUUCUGGACAAUGCAGAAUCUGUGGUCAAAUUUUCCGUAAUAAGAAAAUAUUAGUAAAACACUCAAUGGAGGUUCACCAACGUUGUGUUCACAUAUGUCAAGAGGAAACAUGUAAUUACGAAACCAACUACAUGCAAACCAUGCAAAGGCAUUUUACAAUGAAGCACAUGAAUAAUGAAAACUAAGUAUGUAGUGAGACUGGCUGUAACUGGGUGAGAAAAGAUCAGGAGUAGCUACGACAACACGUUCACCCUGACAAAUAAAACAAGACGACGCAUUCGACCCUGACAAAUAAAAGAAAAGCAGUAUUGAGGACCUAGGGCCGUCUUCAGAGAGCGGCAUUUCAGAAGAAGACCCAGCAUUGAAAAGCCCAUAAAUAUGCCUCAUAAAUGCAAAAUCUGCAACAGAAUGUCUCCUUCUAAGCAACAGUUGGAAAAAAUACUUCUUUACAAAUAGAUCUUUACAAACAAUCCAUAUGCAACUGCAGCCAUGGUUAACUACGUAUUUAACAAGGAGAAUAACUUGCAAAGACACAUUGCACGAAAUCACACGGACAAUUAUGACUAAGUGUGUACUGAGCCUGUCUAUGGAAGUAUAAAUAGUAGGCGGAUCUGAAGACGCACAUACAAUCGUCGUAUCAACCAGAAGAAAAGCAAAAAUAAGGACUUGGGGCAGUCUUCCGAGAACGACCAUGCGGCAAACAUUCCAAAAGAGGGAGCAGCAUUGAAAAGCGCGUAAAUGUGCCUCAACAGUGCAAAAUCUGCAACUAAUGUUUCGCUAGAAAGAGAGAGUUGAAACACCAUCUCUAAAAGGAUCACGGACAUCGCAUGUUCAACUGCAACGAUUGCAAUUACAUAUCUAACGAGAAUAAGCAUUUGAAAUAUCACGUUGCAUGAAAGCACAUGGACAAUUAUGACUACGUGCGUGAGGAGGAAAGCUGCUACAAGAAAUUCAAACUCGAGGAGGAACUGAAGAAAGAGAUAUAUGCUGAGACGACGAAUUGUUUGUCCUGUUUGCAAUAAGAUGUAUAACAGCAGAAGAACUAUACUGGAGCACUGUAUACGUAUAUACAUGGAUAAGUUAUACUACGGUAGAAAAAGCCUACAUCUGCAAAGUCUACAACACGGGAUUCAUCUGGUGGCAGUCUUUACGUAGUUAUGGAGAACAGACAUUCUGAUCUGGUUCCAAUCGAAUAAAUGAGCAAAUACUGGGAACAUUUUUGCAAAAUUUCUAAAAAAGCAAGAGACAAACAAGCUGUCGAGUCAAGUAGAUAAAGUAUACAAAGAACGCUAGGAAACAGUUUGUGCUCGAUUUGUUCAUACCCACAUACACACAUACACAUAUUCAACAUAUGCUCUAAACCACACAUACGCUUAAACCCCCACACAAACAUAUACACACCCGCACACAAUUUUCGCGCGUAGUAAAUAUCCCAAAGCAAAUCUUUUUGUUCAAAUAUGUUUUUAGCACCUUUUAAAUGGUAGUUUUAUCCCUAGACAUGUAUUCGCAAUAAUUCUAUAUCUUCUAUAUAUUCUUAUAUAUAGUGUGUGUGAAUAUAUACGCAUGCAUGUACAUAAAUGCUCCCCCCCAAUUUGCUGUGUGAAAUAAUGAGGUAGUACAUAAGGAAGAAUUGGCGGACUAUAUGAUGAAUGUUGUGUAUAUUUUGCUUAGAUG